AUGCGCGUUAAGGUGUCGACUCCAGAUUUCCAUUUUUUCUCUCACAGCUCGAAUCAAGGUGUCAGUGGAUUCCCCGCUAUAUUCAAGUUUUUUAUCAAGCCACAGUCGCAAAACGAUACCGCGUUAUUGGAUUCAUUGACGGCUACCAACGAUCCUCUCAACCCUGCCUAUGGAAAGCACUUGUCCAAAUCCGAGGCUACACAGCUCGUAGCACCUGCGCCAGAGAGCAUGGAAGCGAUCAUAGGAUGGCUGCAGGACCACGGCCUAACACCUGAUGCCAUCUCCCAUUCCGGAGACGUGGCGACGGUUCGUAUGCCGCUGGAGAAAGCCAACACGGUUUUGAACGCCAGCUACUCGCCCUACGUGCACGAAGCGACGAACACCACGGUGUGGAGGACACUCACCUACUCGGUCCCCGCACAUGUUGAAGAGCACUUGUCCUUCGUCUACCCGACCACUCAAUUCAUUCCUCCCCCCAUUUCCCCAGCGGUAGCGCACAUCACCGGGGCGUUGUCCAUGGAGCUUGCCUCAAAGAGGGCACCGGACCAGCUCGCGAACUGUGCGGAAGCGAUGACGCCCCGAUGUCUUCAAACCCUCUACAACAUUCCUGCCAUCCCAGCUACCGCUCUGAGGAACAGUAUCGCAAUCGGUGACUCUGCAGCACAAGUCGCAGAGGUCCAUGAUUUGAAGGCAUUUAUAGCUCGGGAACGACCAGACAUCACAAGCGUUCCAUUCGCGAUGCUGUCAGUCAACGGCACUGCGGUUCAAGGAAACGGCACAGGCUCGGCAGGAAUGCGUUCACACUUGCAAUAUCAUGCCGUCGGUGUACAGUACACGGUCGGGCUAGCCACGAAUGUGUCCACGACAGCGUUAUACCCCGGACGACAGAACGAAACAGACGGAAUACAAGGCCUUAUCGAUAUCAUCGACUUCCUCCUUUACCAAGAGAUCCCGCCGACUGUCUUCUUAACGAAUGUUCAGUACGAGGAGGCUGCAUUCCAGACAGCUCCGGAGGUCGCGCAAUACAUUUGUAACGCUUUUGCACAGCUCGGCGCGCGUGGAACAUCCGUAAUCGUGGCUUCCGGAGACAGUAAUGUUUCCAGAAACACGUCGGACGCUUCAGGAAACGACGACGCUCCCCGCGCUAUGUUUCCUGCAACAUGCCCCUACGUCACAUCGGUGGGCAGUACUCAAGGAAUAAACCCCGAGAGCGCCGCCCAGUUCUCCUCCGGCGGGUUCUCGAAUCUAUUCCCUCGACCUGCCUACCAAGUCGACGCCUUGGACGGCUAUUUGAAGCAGCUCGGAAACUCAAGUGCACGUUCGAUCAACACCACCGGUCGCGCAUACCCGGAUGCGUCCGCGCAGGGCGUCCAGUACUCUGUGUUGGUCGACGGCGAAGUUCAAAGCAUCAACAGCACGAGUGCCUCGAGUGCAACCUUCGCGGCCAUCGUUGCGCUUCUCAACGAUCGCCUUCUGAAUGCCGGAAAGAGCCCUCUGGGAUUCUUGAACCCACUCUUGUACUCCAAGGGCCUCCCUGCUUUGACCGACAUCGUUUCCGGAGGCAGCAGCACGAGCGACGGGGAGAGUAGCUUCGCUGCGAUGCCAGGAUGGGACCCGGUGACCGGGCUUGGUACCCCUGAUUUCCAGAAAUUGCUGGCGGUCGUCACUGGGAGCGACGCGGAUUCCGAUAGCUCCGAGACUGGGUCAGCUACUGGCCAGUCCUCUCCACAACCGACGGCUGAUGCCAUACGAGGUUCGGGAUUGGAGGGCCUUUUCCCAUUCACUAUCUCCCGAGAGCAGGAUCGAUAG